UAUGUAAAAAUCAAUCUAUUACUUAGACACAUAUUGUUUGGUUAAGAUAGCAUGUCUUGCAAUCAGAAGCUAAUUAAUUUUGGAAUUCAUAAAUUAUUUUCAAAUCAUUUAUUGAGAAAUUCUAAUUAGAUGAGCAAAAAGUCUCAUUAAAAACCUUUAAUAAUAUACUUAAAGAAAGUGGACUAAUUUUUAGAUAAACUAGAUAAAGAAAUUAAAGAUAUUUUCUUAACAAUAUAUAACAAUUGA